AUUCCCGUAAACCACCCUCUGAGACCUCUCCUCGAAGCCUCCAUUAAUUCCAUUCUCCAAGCCGUCUCCCCUAGGACACUCCAAGCCUACCUUACAGCAUGGAAAUGUUUUAAAGUAUUCCACUCUGCCUAUAGUUUACCCUUCCCUGAUUUUUCCCUGCUUGCUGUCACCUCAUUUAUCUCCCAUCUCAACACCAACAAAAACCUCCAAGCCAGCUCCAUUAAAGGAUACCUAAGCGGAAUCCAGUUUUUCCACAAACUGUUAUAUGGCUCGCCUUCACCCCAUAUAACCAAUUCACAGACCUCCCUUCUCAUUAAAGGUAUCCAGAAAACCCAGCCCAACCGCCCUGACCCCAGACAACCUAUUACCUUAAAAAUUUUGACCAAAUGCAUCUCCACCCUCCGUAAAGGGUACCAUUCCAUCCAUACUGCCCGCACAUUAGACGCCAUGUUUAUCCUGGCUUUCUUCGGUUUCCUCAGAUGCUCUGAGCUCGCCAUUACAUCUGGCUUCAACCCAGCCAUCCACCCAACUAUCUCAGAUCUAGCAGUGCUAGACGGGGAAACCAUCUCUUACUUCAUAAAGCAAAGUAAGACAGACCAAACAAAGAAAGGCCACUUCAUUUAUAUCUUUAACCUCCAAUCGCCCAUCCAACCAUUCCAAACCCUCCUAGCCUUCCUCCAGCUCAGAAAAUCCCAAUCCAAACUCCCUUCCGACCCCCUCUUUACAGACGAUUUCAACCGCCCCGCCACUCGCUUCUGGUUCCAAAAGCACCUUAAGUCCGUCUUGCUUCUCUCUGGUACCCCAGCCAACAACUUUUCCAGCCAUUCAUUCCGAAUAGGUGCAGCAACCACAGCCGCCCAAAAAGGUCUCUCCCAACAGCAGAUCCAAGCGCUGGGCCGCUGGUCAUCGGAAGCUUUCAAGAGCUAUAUCCGAUCAGAUCGCUCCCUCAUCAAGGAAGCCCACCAGACCCUAGUCGGCCGACCCUUUUAA